AUGAGCAGUGGAUCCGCGAGGGCGAGCGCUAGGUCGGUCGAUCGUGCGAGGAGGCAACAGCAACAGCAACAGCAACAGCAACAGCAACAGCAGCAAGGAGAACAGGAUCAUGAUCACGAGCCAGCCGUAGCAGCGGAUUCUACCAACACCGAGAUCACAUACGAGCAUUCAAGUCGUGCACACCUACCCCCCACCAUUGUCCCCGGCAGCCGACCGCCACCGUCCUCGACGAGCACCUCCCCAUCGGCGACCUCCCCGCCGCCGGCCUCGUCAUCAUCCUCGGCACCCUCCACCUCCACGCGAUCAACCGCCGCAAACGGUCCCCUUCGAGGCAUCGCCGAUAUGAGCACCAAGACCUGUUGGGUCUGUUACGAGGACUCGUCCGAGACACCGGGCAGGGAUUUCGUUCAUGCGUGCGACUGUACGCUCGUCGCUCACACCGAUGUCAGUUCUCUUGCAUCCCUUACCUCACACUAAAACCUACACUCACUCUCGCGCGCACUCCUUUCCUCCAGUGCCUCCUCGCAUGGGUCACCACCGACCAACUCAACAAAUCGACCCCCGCGAAAUGCCCCGUCUGCGCUACACCCUACGUCAUCGUCCAAGAUCGAUCGACCCUUCUCGCGCUCUACAAGCGCCUCCGUCGACGAUGGCACUCGCUCAGCAUCGUCCUCGCCGGAUCGGGUCUCGUCGCCGGUUUCGGUUUCGUCUCGGGGGCUUGGGGUGCUUGGGCGAUCAAGACCUUUGCGGGAAAUCAGGUCGCCCGCGCGUUGCUGCUGAGGCAUGAGAGGAUGCCGUGGAGGUAUUGGCGUACGUGGGCGGCUAUUUUUUAUUUUUUAUUUCGACUCGGGACACCGGCACUGACGCCCCCUCUCUCUUCCCACAGUCAACCUCCCCCUGAUCCCGCUGACCCUAAUCCUCGCUCGCACACCUUUGAUCGACUCGCUCCUCCCCUUCCUCCCUCUCACCCUCGUCCUCUCGAACCAUUCCUCCUCCUCCUCCUCCUCCUACUCCCUCCACUCCAGCCAAGACCCUCUAGGAUUGAACAACCUCUCCCUCACCUACCCACCUUCCCCUACUCUAUUGCUAUGCGCACUCCCCUGGAUUCGAUUGGUCUACCUCCGUUUGAGGAGGAAGGUCUUUAAAGCCGUUUUGGGUCGUCGUGGACAAGAUUUACAAGGUUUCGCUGGGAUGUUGAUGGACUUGCAAGAAGAGGUAGACGAGAUCAACGCCCCACAAGGAGCGGAGGUCUUACCUCAUCAUCCCGAUCAUCGUCGUCGAGGAUUAGGUGCAGCACGUUUUCAAGUCGUCGCUGAAGUUCAACUCGAACAAAUCGUACAACCCGAACCCGAACCCGAACCCGCGGGAGGUGUUGUCGUACCUCCCCCAGCUGGUGGUGGUGGUGGUGGAGGAGCAGCGCUUAUUCAAAAUCGACUACGACUCGGAUUCGGUCGACUGACUUCUUUAAUGGUCGGUGCUUUAUUAUUCCCCGCGAUUUGUUCAACAGCCGGAAGUGGAUUAUUCUGGCUCGCUUCGAAAGGAGGGACCCAACCCAAAUCAAGUUGGAUACGUUCCUUACGUCACCUCCUAGGUGUACACACCCUCCUCUCCUCACGCUACGGUCCACUUUCAACUCUGACGAGGAAAACGAGUUGGUUCUCCACCAUCUUGUUCCCUUCCUUCAAUUCAACUUUCACUACUCCAUCCACUUCCAGCCCUCUACUAGAUCCCAUUUGGUUACGUAACGCUUAUGGAGGUGGUCUCGUACUCCUGAUGAGGGACGUGGUCGAAUUGAUGAUGGGUUGGUUCGAAUUGAAGAGGGAUCAAAGUCGAAGGAUCGUGGGCCGACCUUUUGGGAAUGGGUUGGAAUUAGAUCAGGUCGAGGUCGAGGCAGCGGCGCGAGGCGUACAAAGUGCUGCGGGUAGGGAAAGGGGGACGGGCAGGGAGGCGAGGGUACAUAAUUUGUUGUAG